GACAGUAGUAAACAAAAGCAUAAAAAAGAGAAGAAGUGACUGGUAUCAGAUAAAAAAAUUUUGCAAAUUUCCAAAUAGUGCUCAAAUUAUUGCAGAAGCAGGAGUUACACGCAGUGCCACAUCAAGUGUUCUAUUCAGAAGUGGUUCUCGAAUUGGUGGAGCUUUAAAUUACUUUUCUUAGGCGAUGAGCUCGAAAAAAUUUUCGUCUGCUACGAGCAAUCGUUCGUCAGUGGAUGAUUGUCUACCAUCGACUUCUGGCUGUGGCAGUUCCAAGCAAUCGACUAAUAGCCCAACGUCGCCGUCGAAAGAUAAUGUUAAAAAAUUAUCCGUGACCGCGGAGCCAACGCCUUUCAAAUGGGUUAGUCUGAAUGUUGGUGGAAAAGUUUUCACGACAACGUUGAGCACUUUGCUGAACAAGGAACCACGAAGUAUGCUGGCUCGGAUGUUUGCCCAGGAGGAUGCAAUGUGCCCAAGUGAUAAGGACAGCCAGGGAGCUUUCCUAAUCGACAGAAGUUCACAAUACUUUGAGCCGAUUUUGAACUAUUUGCGACACGGGCAACUGAUCUACGACGGACAUUUGAGUUUGGAAGGAAUUCUAGAGGAGGCCAAAUUUUUUGGUAUUGAAGGGUUGAUACCACAGUUGGAAAGUUUGGUUCAGCAGCAGCAAGCUGCCACUAUGGAGGAUAUGCCACUUACACGAAGGGAUGUGAUAAGUGCUCUAAUUAAAACGUCUCAAAUGACCGAGUUGCGAUUCCAGGGCGUUAAUCUUGCGGGUGCAGAUCUGCGGAAGCUGGACCUCCGCCAUAUCAAUUUUAAGUAUGCAUGUCUACAGCGAUGCAAUCUGUCGCUCGCAAAUCUGAACUAUUGUUGCUUGGAGCGAGCGGAUCUCAGCUUUGCCAACCUAGAGGGGGCCCAGCUGCUGUCGGUAAAGGGUUUGUGCGCCAACAUGGAGGGUGCCAAUCUACAGGGUUGCAACUUUGAGGAUCCAACCGGAGUGCGGAGCAAUCUGGAAGGAGUCAAUCUGAAGGGUGCUUGUUUGGAGAACAGCAACAUGGCCGGGGUCAACUUGCGGGUUGCCAAUCUUAGGAAUGCAAAUUUAAAAAACUGCAACCUGCGAGCUGCAGUCCUAGCGGGAGCUGAUUUAGAACGUUGCAAUCUAUCCGGCAGUGACCUGCAGGAGGCUAAUUUACGCGGUGCUAAUUUCAAGGAUGCUCAGCUAGAACUCAUGCUUACUCCAUUGCAUAUGUCUCAAGCAAUUCGCUAGAUUCGGGAUGUGUGCUGGUAACACCGAAACAAUUGUGGUUUAUAGAUUUUCAAAUAUAUUAAACACUAGCUAUAAUUGUCGAAAUUAUAUAACACAGAACACAGGACGAACUGUGUUAAGUUUUUCUUUUGUAGCGGGUAGAAGGAAUAAAUAAAUACACGCAAUAUAGUAAUCUGCUCGAAGGAAAAAUAAACAAUGCAACGGGUUAACAGGACGAAUUUUAGAGCUGCUUGAAGUGCACUGGAUAGCAUCGUAGGAGCUGCAAGAUUACAAUUUACUCUAAUUUAAACAGUUAGUAGUUUUAAGUUGUAACUAUCGGAAAUUUACUGCGAAAAAUAAUCAGCAAUAAUUGUUCUUAAUAAAUCCUAAGCUGAACUGAAAA